AUGCCUCCCAAGAAAGUCGCCGCCCCUAAGGAGAACAUCUCCUUGGGACCCUCCGUUCGCGAUGGCGAGCUCGUUUUCGGUGUUGCUCGUAUCUUCGCUUCGUUCAACGAUACCUUCGUUCACGUUACCGAUCUCAGUGGCCGUGAGACCAUCGCCCGUGUCACCGGUGGUAUGAAGGUCAAAGCCGAUCGUGACGAGUCUUCCCCCUACGCCGCCAUGUUGGCCGCCCAGGACGUUGCCACUCGUUGCAAGGAACUGGGCAUUAAUGCUCUUCACAUCAAGAUCCGUGCAACUGGUGGUAACGGCACCAAGACCCCCGGUCCCGGUGCUCAGUCUGCUCUCCGUGCUCUUGCUCGUGCUGGUAUGAAGAUCGGCCGCAUCGAGGAUGUCACCCCCACACCCUCCGACUCUACCCGCAGAAAGGGUGGUCGCCGUGGUCGCCGUCUCUGA